AUGAGCAACAACGAAAUUUAUGAAGAUUUUAAUGAAUGUCUUAAGAUAGGAAUUCUUCAUAUUCCAUCUGGACGAUUUCUUACAGCUGAAGUAUUUAACAAUGAAAUUAAUAUUUCUGGAACAGCAUUACGACGACGUCAAGUUUGGUCUUUAAUUACUGAUCGGAAGAAUACUGAUACUUUGUUUUUACAAAACUCAUUGGGUCGAUUUUUAUCAGUUAAUAAGGAUGGAAAAAUAAGUACAUCUUUAAAAUCAGAUUGCGAAGAACGUUUCCGUUUAGAAUUUGCACCAGAUGGUACAGGUGAAUGGGCUUUUAAAUCAGAUGCAUAUGGUUUCUAUCUCACUGGUACCGAUACUCAAGUUUCAUGUUUUUCCAAAUCUCCUGUCUGGUGGUCAUUUCGUUUAGCAACACAUCCUCAAGUACAUAUUCGUCAUCAGUUCCGUUCACGUUACUUACGUCUUCUUAACGAUGGUCUUGAGCUUCGAGCUGAUCAACCAUACCCAUGGGGUCCAGAGUCUGUUAUUUGGAUUGAACAGCCUACAAUGGUUGCAAGUCAAGGUUUUGGUCGUGGUCCAAAUAUCCCUUUAGUUGGCAAAGCUGCUGUUUCACGUCUUGGUCGUGUUGCCUUCCGAAUGCCGAAUGGAAAAUAUUUGAAAUCUAAUGGAGAAAUGUGUAGUGAAAUGGAUGAUUCCACCUUAUUUUCUUUUGAAUAUCGUCCUGGUAAUCCUGGUACAUUUGCUUUUCGUGAUCAAACAGGUCAUUAUUUGACCACAAUCGGACCUGGAACAACUAAAGUAAAAACAAAUACAAAUAUUGGUAAAGAAGAACUCUUUCUAAUUGAACAUGCUGCUUUACAAGUUGGUAUAGUAGCACAUAAUGGGAAAUUCGCAUCAGUUAAACAAGGUAUUGAAAUUUCUGCAAAUCAGCAUGAAUUAGACGAAACAGCUAUUUUUCAGUUGGAAUAUAUUGGUGGGAUGGGUUUUAAUGCUUUAGAGGCUAUAGCAUCUAGCCCAGCAUCGACUUUAUCUGGUUCAGAUGGUGGAGUCAGUGACUCUUCUGCUUCUAAUUCAAGUUUAAUCAAUAAUAACCAUUCCAUUACUAAUGGUGUUCAUUCAGAUGUUUACUUUCUAACAACCGGAUUUUGGCGUCUACGUUCUCGUAGUGGAAAAUUAUGGAAACUUGCUUCAUCAUCUGGUGUUAAGAAUACUUCUUCAGAUGGAGAUCAAGAAAGUUUAUUUGAAAUGUUAACAGUGAAUAAAGUCAAUGAUAAGCAAAUUCGUCAAAUUGUAUUUCGAUCAAAUGAUGGUGAACAGUCUUUGACAGCUCGUAAACUUGGUGCUGUAUCUACAAGUGGUCGUUUAAUUGAUGAAACUCAGCUACCAUCAUCAGAUGAACUAUUCAAUAUUAUUUUAACGAAUAGAACAUCAAUUGUGUUUUUAUCUUCAUUAACUGGUGGUUUUUUAGUACGUGGUAAACAAAAUAUUCUUGAUUCAAAUGGAGUAGCUUAUGAACCAUUUUACAUUCGAGUAACUAAACGGCAUACUUAUAAAUUUUUUGCUCGUAAUCCAAAUUCAACAUAUUCCAUAUGGGCAGCUAGUUUAGAUGGUACAUUACAACUUGAACCUACACAUCAAACUCCUACUGAUGAUGAAAACAGUAAAGACACUGAAAACACUAUUAAUAAUGAUUUGAAAUAUGAAUUUCAACUUCAUUUCCUUGGUCAUAGUCGAGUGCUUAUUCAAUCAUUGAAUAGUCAACGUGGUAAUUCAAUUUCUUUAGUCAAAUCUGAAGUUAAAGGUGAUGUAAAAUUAGAUAUACCAAGUGGUGGUGGUGGUGAUAUAACAAUCAAUUAUAUUUGGGAAAUUUAA